UGAACCAAAGACUGUGGUCAAACAAAAGUCAACUGUGCGCCAUACCAUUGGAAAUACUUCAUUUCAUCCCAUCUCAUCUUCAACCCCAAAAAAUUUCAGAUCUAAUCCUUCAUACAGAAAUUCUCCAGGCCAGCCAAUUUCUUCUCGUGUUAGACCCAAUAUUUCAGGGCUUUCACCAUUUCGACCUACUCAGGGCAAUAGCAACAUUGCUUCCAGAUCCAUUCCUCAAAGGUCCUCUGCGUUUCCCCCAUAUAUUCCAUUGCAAUCACAUCGAUUUAGGUCGCAUAACUCUUUGCAGCAUGCUCAAUCAUCAC